CUUGAUAUUGGCGCUACAUCCAAACUACCAGCUCUGGGACAGAGUCGAGGAGUGGAUCUUGCCCCCAAAGAAGAACCUUUCAGUUCCACUGACUCACUCACCUCCACUUUUAUUUCUUACUUUUCAUGCUAAGUGGUCCAGACUCAUUUGGGAAAAAGUUUAAGUUGGGACCAAAUUUUAUCAAUAUAAUUUUAUAAAGGAUAUAAAUUUACCAUUUUAAAAGUGAAGAAUGAAAAAAUUCAUUUGACGAAAUAUGAUAAAUGUUUUGAAAGAUUUUUCCAUAAAUGUUUUGAGUCCCUGAAUUGGAAUGCAUUUUCUUUUUGAUCCUGUGGAUUUAUUUAGUCCCUGUUGUUAGUAGAAGAUCUAAUGGGGUGCUACAUUUAGAAUUGAUUAACAUGAUGGUUGAUGAUGCGGAAACUAAUACAUCACUCAGUCUAUGAGUGAGUCACAAAUUGGGUCCAUCCAAAUUCUUGCCUAACUAUUUAAUUUUACAUUUGUUUAAUAGAAGACCUCCUACAAAAACAGCUUUUCUAUGAUGGAUCUGAGGAAGAAGAGGAUAACACCAUGCUUGAAAAGGGAGAAAUAGAUGAAGCCGGAUCUGCAGAGAAGACUAAAUCGAAGUUCCCAAAAACAAUGAUACCUAUGGAGGACAUACUUGGGAUGUGGAAACCGUGGAUUUGGCUGUCAACGAUCCGGGUUUGGACUCGGGCUUGGACCCACUAGUUUGGAUCAGGUACGGAUUGAGAAAUAAUCUCGUUACCUAGAUUCGGACUCGUACUCAUUUACUCUAACAAAAAAGUGGGUUGGAUAUGAAAUAUACGAUUUUGACCAGAAUCCGUUUAGCUCUCAUGAACAUGCUUAAAUACUGUUAUGAGUUAGGUGUGAAGUAUGUUACAAUUUACGCCUUCAACAUUGACAAUUUUAGAAGACGUCCUGAAGAAGUUCAGUCCACUAUGCGGUUGAUACUAGAGAAAAUUGAAGAUUUGAUUGAGGAGGAGAGCAUGGUCAAUCAGUAUGGCGUUAGGAUUUACUUUCUAGGCAGUCUUAAACUUUUGAGCAAGCCGGUAAGGUUGGCUGCAGAGAGGGCCGUAGUUGCUACUUCUAGGAAUUCAAAAGCUGUGCUGUCAAUUUGUCUUGCCUACACUUCCUCAGAUGAAAUUUUGCAUGCUGUUCAAGAGUGUUGUGAAGAAAAAUGGGAUGAAGGAAGUGCAUUGGAGUCAAAAGGAGCUGGAAAUGGUUUACUUUUUCUGAAAGGAAACAAGAAUGACAAGAGCAAGCCUUCAAUCGUAGUCAAGGAUUUAGAGAAAAAUAUAUAUGCUGCGGUUGCACCUGAUCCUGAUAUAAUUAUACAGACUUCAGUCCUUUCGAACGACCAAGGUCCAAUCAAAUUGAAACCUUUGCAUAUGGACCCUAAAAGAGCACGUAGUCGGAGUUGGACCACCAUGUACAACGAUGUGGAAUGGUUCUAGGAUAUUGCACAAGGA